AUGGAGGCGGCCGGCACCUGGGCGCUGCUGCUGGUGCUGCUGCUGCUCCUGGGGCUGCUGCUGACGCUGCCCGGGCCCCGCACCCGAGGCCACCUGCCCCCCGGGCCCGCGCCGCUGCCGCUGCUGGGGAACCUCCUGCAGCUCCGGCCUGGGGCGCUGUACUUGGGGCUCCGGAGGCUGAGUAAGAAGUUCGGACCAGUGUUCACCGUGCACCUGGGACCCUGGCGGCGCGUGGUGGUCCUGGUUGGCCACAAGGCUGUGCAGGAGGCCCUGGGAGGUCAGGCUGAGGAGUUCAGUGGGCGGGGGACGCUGGCAACGCUGGACCCCACCUUUGACGGCCAUGGGGUUUUCUUCUCCAAUGGGGAGCGGUGGAGGCAGCUGAGGAAGUUCACCACGCUCACGCUGCGGGACCUGGGCAUGGGCAAGCGAGAAGGCGAGGAGCUGAUCCAGGCGGAGGCCCGGUGUCUGGUGGAGGCCUUCCAGGCAACAGAAGGACAGCCAUUUGACCCCUCCCUGCUGCUGGCUCAGGCCACCUCCAAUGUCGUCUGCUCCCUCACUGUGGGCCUCCGUUUCCCCUACGAGGAUGAGGAGUUCCAGGCUGUGGUCCGGGCUGCUGGGGGCAUCCUGCUGGGGAUCAGCUCCCCAUGGGGCCAGACCUACGAGAUGUUCUCCUGGCUCCUGCAGCCCCUUCCGGGCGCCCGCACCCAGCUCCUCGGCCACGUGAACACCCUGGCCACCUUCGCCAUUGAGCAGGUGCAGCGGCGCCAGGGGAGUCUGGACACCUCAGGCCCUGCACGCAGUGUUGUGGAUGCCUUCCUGCUGAAGAUGGCGAAGGAGGAACAUGAUCCAGUCACAGAAUUCACUGACAAGAACUUGCUGAUGACGGUCAUUUACCUGCUGUUCGCUGGGACGGUGACGGUCAGCGCCACGGUCCGCUACACCCUCCUGCUCCUGCUGAAAUACCCACAGGUCCAAGAGCGCGUACAGGAGGAGCUGAAGAGGGAGCUGGGGCCUGGCCGGGCGCCCAGCCUGGGGGACCGAGUUCGCCUCCCUUACACGGACGCUGUUCUGCAUGAGGCGCAGCGGCUGCUGGCGCUGGUGCCAAUGGGGAUACCCCGCGCUCUCACGAGGACCACCUGCUUCCGAGGGUACACCCUGCCCCAGGGCACUGAGGUCUUCCCCCUCCUGGGCUCUGUCCUGCAUGACCCUGAGGUCUUCGAGCAGCCAGAGGAGUUCAACCCCGACCGGUUCCUGGACGCAGACGGAAGGUUCAAGAAGCAAGAGGCAUUCCUGCCCUUUUCCUUAGGUAAGCGCGUCUGCCUCGGCGAGGGCCUGGCUCGAGCUGAGCUGUUUCUCCUCGUCACCACCAUCCUGCAGGCCUUCUCCCUGGAGAGCCCGUGCCCGCCGGGUGCCCUGGGCCUCCGCCCAGCUGUCAGUGGCCUUUUCAACAUCCCCCCAACCUUCCAGCUGCGACUUCGGCCCCGCUGAUCUCCCCCCGCCCCCGUGUGGACCAGACGAAGGCGGGGGCAUUGGGAGGUGGCAGCCUCGACCUGAGAGUCAGUCACAUAGAUACUCGUCCACAGGCCACACUCACUGGCGCACACAGCUGUUGAGACACGAAACCACAUACCCAUACACAACCACCGACCAACUCAGCCACACAAGCUUUUUAUAGACAUCAACUUAGUUUGGAAUCACAACCUCAUGCCCAGAUAACCCACCAACUUGCAUACAACGUAACUCCCCUGGGUUCCCAACCACGUGCAGGAGUUCAGCUGCCACGGAACCAGCCACUGCAUCCGUGGCCCACACGCCCUCUUCACUCAUCCAACUUAACAGGAGCACCGUCUCCGGGAGCAUGGUGCAGAGAGCAUGCAGCUCUCUGGGUCGUGUCACUUCGCAGAGAGACUGUCCUCAGCCCUCUCUCCAGGCACAUGACUGGCACCAGCCACACGCCCCCAACCACUGAGCAACACAGCCAGCCCACAUGACCACGUUCUGACUCCCAGAUAUGUUUCCACUGAGACAGAGUCACAGCCCAGCCUCCUCCACACCGUCAGCCUUCAAGGACACCCCUUGCCAAGCACGCCAAUCCCCAAAGUCUCCCAAAUACAGAUAUACCCCCCCCAUUGAGCAGGUGUGCACACAGGCCCAGUAACCAAGUAAAUUAGAAUGCUCGAGGACCCCCCAACCAGAGGACUC